AGAGCCCUGGCCUUAUCCUCUGCCUCAGUCGAGAAGACGGACAUACACCAAAAACAAAGUCUCGUUCUUCCUGAUCGGUCGGAGGUGAGCCUGACCAUAUCGACGACAGCAGACAACAAACAGGUCAUGGAGAUUAACGCCUCCACGGAGAGGCAUACGGUACAGCAGGUUUUCAAUGGAGUCAAUCAAAUUUCUGAAACCACGACCAAAUUCAACGCAACUUACAGGAUGAGCGACAAGCCCGUGCGCGGCGAUAAAACUAGCAACGUAGAAGUGUCAUCGGUGGCGAACUUCAAAAAAAGGAAACCACGGACCCUGGAGGAAUGUUUCAGAGCCCGCAACACGGAGCAUGUGUGUCAGACUUCAGAGGCUAGCGACGAAAACGCCCCCCUGGAUCUAAACGUAGUGGUGUCACAGCAGCCCGCUGAAACCAAGGCCGUGGCCGUGACGAGCACCACGGUGUCUGUUGUAGCUCAUCAGACCGAAUGUCAAAAUAAGCUGGCGGACUCGAUGACGAUGGUCAUGACUCAGUCAGUCAAGUCUGAGCGGUGCAGAGAUGCGACCAGCGCCGACAGUUUGUACGGCGUCUCAUCGCAGGAGUUCUUCCAGGAGACCACAUCGUCCAAGAAAAUAGACGACCCGACCGAAACUACGGGAGUUACGUUGAGCGGGAGUCUCCGAUCACGUCAGCAAAUCUCGGGGACGGCGGUGGCAAGAGUCGCCAGUGCACACAGGCUCAACAAAAAAGACGCCGCCAACAGCACGCCGGGCAGCGGUCAUCUUAACCGCGUGAUAUCAGAACACGCAGUGUUCCAGCGGUUGUCAAGCGACCACCCGUCCAGCAAGCCUGACUUUGUUUUCAUCAAACAAGCAACACCGGGGGCGAAGAGUAAGCAGAACCUUCCAAAC